UAAGAGCAUGACUGGCUUAAGGCUCUCACUAAUCAAUCAGGCAUACAGCAGGAAUACAGCAACACAUAAAAGGAGCCAGAGACUCGGGAAAUCCUUCAGCUAAGGGGAGACAAGCUGCACCAAGGUUUAUCUCCAUGGAGAAAUCCACUGACAAGCCAAACAAGGAAAACAGAUUGUCAGCUCCUGGAGCACUGCAGGCUGAGGCAGACCGUCCAGCGCCCGUGGCAGGAGGUGCUGCAGAAAUGAGCAGAGCAGGAUCCGUAACACAAAACUCAAAACGUGAAGAGAGAGUGGGAUUCACUGAAGAGUGUACUGAAGAAAUGGAGAGACCUUCAGGAACAGAGAGAGACAGUCCUGCUGCCUUUAAAGCAGCAGGUUUGGAACAAGACUCUCCAAACUCACGGCCGCUCGCUGUGCUAACGGACACAAACUCUCCUGAAAUGAGCACGUUGGACCUGAACCUGCAGCGCUCGGACACAGCCACCCCAGACAUGGACUGCAUGAUCUGCUUCAACAAGUACAGCAUCUACAGAGUCCCAAAGCUCCUGGAUUGCCAGCACACCUUCUGCGCCGUCUGCCUCAAGCUGAUCCUCAGGAAAGAGGGGAGCACCUGGACAAUCACCUGCCCUCUCUGCAGAAAAGCCACCUGCGUGUCAGGAGGGCUCAUCCGCACGCUCCGGAACAAAGAAGACAUCCUGGAGCGCUUGGAGAGCCUGGACUCAAACCCUGAGGUGUACAUCUGUGCCACGGGGCUGGAUGGCAACAACAGCUGGACUCAGAGCAGCCAGGACGUGUUGAACGCAGAGGAAAGCAGCCCAGCACACAGCAGCCUGGCUGUGCAGAGACUCCUGCUGCUCCUGCUGCUCGGGGUGAUCCUGGCCCUGCUCAUCCUCCCCUUCAUGUACUCGGGGAGGGUGAAGUGGGUAAUUUGUCUCCUGCUUACUUUGGGCUUGCUCAUGUCUAUGGUGCUUUGCUGCACUCCUAAAUUCCACUGCAGGUGCAAGAAGGACUCCCCUGCCUCCUGUGACAAGGAGAUCCACAUUGUUACUGUGGCCUGAGACAAUUAACCUGCCUGUCCCACAGAUCAGGGACUGGGCCAGGGUGCACGCUGGGCACACCAGGGAGGUUUGGACCUAAAAACAAUCUCUCAGAGAAUAAAUUCAACAGUUGGCUGAGCUGGCUCAAUGCCAGGGCACACUGUUGUUAAAUCUCAUUACUGCAAACAAAAUGAACUAUUUAUAUGUUGAUAUUUAUGUUUUCACACUUUUUUUUUUUUUUUGUAAUUGUGUUGGUUUGCUUUUGCUAUUUUGUUCAUGUCUGUGUCCCCUCCUGAUCAGCCCUGCAGGAUGUUAUCUGGGACACCUGGGAGGUGAUGUCCUGCAAAACCCCGGGGUUGCUGCUCCCACUCUGAAAACAAGGACACCUUUCUUUGGGACAGAGUGGGAAAUAAGGCUGCUAAAUCAGGGAGUGGGUGUUUGGAAAAGAGUUUUUUCA